GGCUACGGCAAGCUCAUCCUCCUCGGCGAGCACUUCGUCGUCUACAAGGUGCCCGCGCUCGUCGCCGCGGUAGGACGCUACACGGACUGCGACGUGGCCCUCGAGGCCGGCGCGGGCAUCGAGGUCGCGGACCACCGGCCCGCCGUGCCCGGCUACAAGGCGAAGAAGGGCGCCGAGGGCCGCGCCGCCGUCGCGCUCGUGCUCGACCACCUCGGCGUCGACUACGCGGCGCAAAAGGUGAAAUUGACCUUCGGCGGCGACCUCACCGCGGCGCGCGGCCGGGCCGCACCCACGCGGGCGCCGCGCGCGGGCGCGCGCGGGACCGGCAUCGGCGCGUCGGCGGCGCAGGUCGUCGCCCUCGCGCGCGCGCUCGGCCAGGCCGUCCCGGCCCUCGACCUCGACGAGGACGCGGUCAACGCCGCGGGCUACGAGGGCGAGAAGGGCUACCACGGCACGCCGUCGGGCAUCGACAACACGGCCGCGACCUUCGGGGGCGUGCUCAAGUUCGCGCGCACGGCCGGCGCGCCCAAGUUCGAGAAGAAGGCGCUCCCGGCGCCGAUCCGCGUCGUCUACGCGUCGACGGGCAUCACGGCGUCGACGACCGCCGUCGUCGCCGACGUCGCCGCGAAGCGCGAAUCGGACCCGGCCUGGUUCGACGGGCUCCUGCAGUCCUACGUCGGCCUCCUCGCGCGCGCGGAGGCCGCCCUCGACGCCGGCGACGUCGCCGCGCUCGGCGCGUGCCUCGACGAGAACCACGCGCUCUGCCAGAAGCUCACGGUGUCCUGCGCCGAGCUCGACGCGCUCGUGCUCGCCGCGCGCGGCGCCGGCGCGGCCGGCGCCAAGAUGUCCGGCACGGGCCGCGGCGGCCUCAUGAUCGCCCUCGCGCCCGACGAGCAGGCCGAGGCCGCGAUCAAGGCCGCGCUCGAGGCGCUCGCGCCC